ACUGGCGUGCAAAUGUCAAAAUCGUUUUAUUGUGUGAAAAAAGUCCUUAUUUCGGGAAUGGAAAAAGUAUGCCUUUUAUUUGAAAAGGAACGCCGUCAAGUUUCGACAGCAGAAAUUAAAUCGUGCAGCGAAAAUGUGGGAAAUCUAAUCCAGACUGUUAUCACGGCUAUCGAGUAGCAUAUCGUUUUGUUUUCAUUCCUCGCCUGCCGUAAUAGGUAUGUUGUGUGACGGUAUCUGCACCUGAACAAGAAGGCGCCCGUGUGUUCAGCAGUGAUUUAUUAGCACGCGAUCGGAGGCGAGAACAAUAAUACUCCGUAGAAGCCGAAGAACAGGAAAUAUAAUACUAUUAAAGUGUAGAAGUCAUCGCAUUACUAGUACCUACAGUUACUAGCGGGCAUUUGCCUGCACGUUUCGAUCAGCAAAUCAGUGACGGAGUGAUAAGCGUUAUCAGACGCAGCAUCCUACAAGAUCGUCCUACAAAAAAGGAAAAAACAGAUUACGCCGUCAAGUAGCACACUGUCGCGCAGAUGGGACGUCUGUCUUUUUAACUACAGCUGCAUAACUUCUACUAUUACUAUAAUAGAAGCCAGUUAGAAGCCCCGUUGAUGGGAAGGGAAGGCAAGUGAAGGUCGUGCGGAAGCAUAGAAACAGUCAACUGCGAAAAAUAAUUGGAAGCGGAAACAGCUGGUGCCCAUUGGGUGAAAGAAACCGAUCCACCGAGUGACGACGAUAUGAAGAAAGACACGUUCCACCCCAGUCACUACGUACCUACUCCGUACAUAGCUGAUAUUUUGAGUUGUUGAGUUUUUUUACAUUGCUUAUACAGUCCUAUUGACUUUAGAAUUGUGUGUUUAUUUUUGCUGUCGGUGGUAUAUUUUCGGCUCGUUUGUGGUGUGUUAUCAACAGCGCGGUAUUUCGCGUGUAAUUAGAGUCUUCGGAGCGGAAUAUUUGCAGUAAAAUAGAAGACAAAAUGCGGGUCGUGGCGCUCGUCAGCGGUGGCAAAGACAGCACCUACAAUAUGAUGCAGGUGACAGCAGAAGGACACCAGGUGAUUGCACUGGCCAACCUGCACCCAAAAGAUAAAGACGAACUGGAUAGCUACAUGUACCAGACGGUCGGUCACCAGGGCAUUGAGAUGCUGGCCCAAGCCAUGGAAUUGCCCCUGUACCGAAAGAUCACCCGAGGCAAUUCAAUCAACACCCAAGGCAACUAUGAACCGACGGAAGACGACGAAGUCGAGGAUCUGUACGAACUGCUCCAGCAGGUCAAGGAGGAGCAGAACGUGGAAGCUGUCGCUGUGGGAGCUAUUCUAUCCGACUAUCAGCGAGUGAGAGUCGAGAAUGUCUGCAACCGGCUGCAGCUCAUCUCAUUGGCCUACCUGUGGCGACGGGAUCAAACCGAACUGCUGCAGGAGAUGAUCGAUUGUCAGGUUUACGCCAUCAUCAUUAAGGUUGCCGCACUCGGUCUAAAACCGGAUCGUCAUCUGGGAAAAUCGCUCAAGGAGGUGCAACCUCACCUGCUCAGUAUGAAGGAAAAAUACGGGUUGAAUGUGUGCGGCGAGGGAGGCGAAUACGAAACGUUCACCCUCGACUGUCCGUUGUUUAAAAACCGCAUCGUCGUGGACGACGUGCAGACGGUGAUAAGUUCCGCCGAUCCGGUCUGUCCGGUGGGCUAUCUUAACUUUACGAAACUCCGACUAGUGCCAAAAGAGCGAACCGAAAAUAUAGUAAUUAAGACCUCGCUCGAUUUCAUCUCCGAUCUGAACGAAAGCAGCUACAGUGACCUAAGCGAUCCGGAUCUCAACGAGACGGAACUGGAGCAGAUAGAGAAGGAAAACAACGCCAGGGAGGUCAUGAGAAACUCCUUCAGCAAGGACGAUCUGAGCAGGUUGGAAGGCAGCCUCGGGGUUUCACGCAGUAAUAGCAUAACCAAAGAUUUUACUCCAGUCGAACCAAAGCUUCCAAAAUCACCGGUGAAAAUCAUUACCAAACGGAUGAGCUUGGACGGCGCUGGAAAUGGUAGCGAUUCCGGAACGUUAGUGUACGAGAGGGAGAAGCAACCCUUAACCAACCAUCCGAGGGCGUUCAUCAACUCGAAAGGUUGGAUGUGGGUAGCCGGGAUUCAGGGUGUAGCCAAAUCGUCUAGUCAAGCGAUGGAACUCGCACUUAAAACACUAGAAGACCUAAUAACCUCAAACUCGUUUACGCUUCGUCAAAUUUGUUAUAUCACCCUGUACGUGCGUGAUAUGGGAGAAUACUCAUCGUUGAACGAGACCUACUCCAAAGUGUUCGGAUUCACCAAUCCACCGACAAGAGUGUGUGUGGAAUGUCCACUUCCAGAAAACUGUCAUGUUGUGCUGGAAGCCGUCGCGUAUAAUCGGGAAAAAUCAACUUCCGACCUACAACACAAAAGGCACACGAUGCACGUACAGGGCAUCUCUCACUGGGCUCCUGCGAAUAUUGGAACCUACAGCCAGUCGACCAAGGUCGGUCACAUUACCUACAUUUCGGGUCAGAUCGCGUUGGUUCCUGGCAGUAUGACUAUCAUCGAGGGCGGCAUCAAACAGCAGUGCAAAUUAACUCUUCGACACAUUAGUCGGAUAGCGAAAGCGAUGCAAGCCCAUGGACAGCUGCGAGAUGUUGUGCAGGGAAUUUGUUUUGUAACAAACCCCGGAUAUAUCACUGAAGCCCGCCGACAGUGGGAAAGACGAACGGCGAAUGCCAUUAUUGACUACAUCGUAGUUCCGACGUUACCACGGGGUGCUCUCGUCGAAUGGCAAGUUUGGGCUCACACGCAUAACGACAAAUUUGACUAUGAAGAAACGGGAUGCUCAAUUGGCGACUACACAAUCUCUAUUCGAAGAAGGUGGAAUCAUGAAAAUAAUUGCUCUGCUGUUGUAUGCUACGUCUCGACUACACUCGCUUCAUCGACAUCCAAACUGUCAGAACUAGGCGACGACUUCAUGCAACGUCACAAUCAUGUGGCCCAGGCAAUCAACCAAGAACAAAUCCACAACACGAUAGCAUACGUACUGCGAAAACUCCUCCAGGACUAUCCGUUGGGAAAUAGUCCCUCGAACGAGUCGUGUUCAUCAUCGUCGGAUGAUAACACACAAGACCACCACCACCUGCACAAUCAUCAUCGUUACUCAGCGCACGGAAAUCGGGCCCAGGCGGCCAGUUCCAAACCUACCGUUCAUCUACGCUUCUUCUAUCAAGUCGGAGCGAUAGACUCCGCUCAAUCGCUGGUGGAAGCAAUCGAAAGUUUCCUCAGCUCACCGUCCAACGUGGCUCGCAUAGCAUACACCGUCGUACCGGCCUGUCACUUGCAGAAUUUUAGCACUUUUAUCUCGAUUUGCGCUCUACGGCAUCAUGAGUAGGACGAUUGCAUGUCUUUUUUAUUCGAAAUCAUCUUUUCACCUACACACAUGUUACAUAGUAUAUUUGAGUCAUUGUUUCGAACUAAAUCCAAGUCAAAGGCUUGAAAACCGGGUAGUACCAAUUUUAUCUACUGCUGCGAAAAAAGCAAAAAGUCUACUGUACUAUUACCUAAUCAAACGAGAGGAAUGUUUUAUGGUUGCUACUCUUAUUGAAAACUCCUAAAUAAUAUAUUGAAUGUUGAUAGAGAUAAGAACAAAAAAUCGUACCAAAACUAAGAAAGACAAAUAUAUACUAUCACGAAA